AUGUUUUUCUCCCUAUCAACAGUGACUGUACUUGUACCACUAAUAUCUUUAACUGGAUUGUUUUACUCUGCAGCUGUGGAUGAGAAUUUCCCACAAGGCUGCACGAGCGCCAGCAGCAUCUGUUUUUACAGUUUGCUUUUGCCCGUAACUAUUCCUGUGUACGUGUUUUUUCACCUUUGGAAGUGGAUGGGAAUCAAAUUAUUUAGACACAAUUGAUUUCCCUCCACCUUUUAAUUAUGAACAAAGCUUGUUUGAAAACAACAGACACUGAAGAUCUAUUCAAGAACAUUUAACUUGAAGCAAACGCUGAGGUGAACGAUGGUAAAUACAGAAUAAAACUGCAAAUGUUAAA